AACCAUGUCUGAUGCCAUAUAUCCGUACAAAAAAUGUGUUGAGUGCGUCGUUAAAUAAAACAUUUCCUUCCUUUCCUGUCACUUUUUGUCUAUGUAUGUAUCACUGUUUCUUUUUCUCCCUAUCCCUCUUUCUGUCGUUUCUUUUUUUCCCCUCUGCAUCUUCUGUUUUUUUGUGGGGUUUUUUUUAACUACUAUAGUUUUGUUUCUCUCGGGGGUUUUUCUUCUCUUUCUUCACCUGUUCCUCACCCUCUGCUGUGUGUAUGCCUCUGCUCUCUCUCUCUCUGUCUCUGUCUCUGUCUCUGUCUCUCUCUCUCUCUCUCUCUCUCUCUCUCUCUCUCUCUCUCUCUCUCUCUCUCUCUCUCUCUCUCUCUCUCUCUCUCUCUCUCUCUCUCUCUCUCUCUCUCUCUCUCUCUCUCUCUCUCUCUCUCUCGCUCUGUCUCUCUCUCGCUCUUGCUCUCUCUAACGUAGGCUGUACCUCCAUCAAGAUCUGAUCUGUCCACUCCUGAGAACAGAAUGAGUCUGCUAGUGGACUGGUAGUGAUUCGAAUCCUACUACUUCGAACCAAGCCCCCACCACAGCCCCGAGUGUCCCCAUUUUCGAUUGUGUCUAUAACACAGACCAAUAACAUAUACAGUACGGUAAGUUCAGUAUCGUCGUGUGACAAAGCACGUAAGAUGUCAUGUCGUGAGAAAACUGUUUUCCUGUCUCACUGCAGGGGCUCCCGUCUCUUACUAUUUUGAAAUGCUAACAAACUUUCAUCUUUCUUUACCUUUAACAAUGUUUGUUGUUUGAGACACUACAGUGUUUCCUUCUGUAACCAACAUAUUUAUUUUAACAGUCCAUUGUUAAGUUUUUUGUGUUAGAGAAAUGAUAUUACAGUGGUAAAGGUUUUCUAAUUUACUAAUCUCCAGGCAAUAUUUAGGAUUUAAUUUUCAAAGUGUUUUGGAUCAGAACAGCGAUGACAGAAAUCAUGGCACCGAAGGCUAUUGCUGUUUGAAAGGGACUACCUUCUAGAGAAUCGACCGUUAUCAAAACGUUCUAUUCCAGCCAAAAUGGGGUCAUUCUGGGGUCACAUCGAUGAAGGCCUGUUCUUUAUUAUUAUCGCUCUCUGGUGGAUGGUUCAUGGUUUUAAAGACUACAUUAUUAGUCAAAGCCGCGGAGAAGAGUUUCGACCUCAGAUCAGCUACGUUUUACCAGGAAGACGCAAAAUACCUAUAGAAAUUAUUUUCAAGAUUUGUUUCCCUGUUAUAGGUUUUAUAGGCGAGGUAGUCGACGGGGGCGCCUACUUUCUGGACGAUGAGGGCAAUUUCAGAAAACUCAUCUACAUCCAACACAUGACCAUAUACGGGAUGUUCAUCCUGCAUGCGAUCUCUGACCUCAUGACGUUUUGCGGCGUGCCGUUACCCAGGGACACGAACUACAUGACAGUAUGCCUGUCGUUCGUGUGGUACGGCGUGGCUUUCUACUACCACGCCUACAUGCACGGCAAGGAGCCGCUCGAGCAGGUCGUCCACGUGUUGCCCGUCUACGCCAUGUUGGCCGUCGCCGCGGCCAUCUUGUUGGAGAAGCAUUGGAAGAGUGGGAUCUGGACGUUCUUGGUCAGAAGUUAUUUCGUAUUGACCCUUGGAACGUGGUUCUCUCACGUGGCAUUCAUGCUGUACGUCCAUGACAGAUUUCCAGGUGGAGAAGCUUCUGUACGGAGUCCACAUGAAGUUCACGUACUUUGAGGACCAGGAUCAACACCAGGACAAGGAGGAGAUCCAGACAUAUAAGUACAGGUCUGUUAGGUUGAAAGGGCUGUCUGACCACGACAAAGAAGAGAACCUUCUACUUGAGGAUUUUGAAUUGUAGACGUCAAGAUCCGUGCUAGCAAAACUUUAAAGUAUAAAUUCCAGGAUUUAAUAACCGAGGAGAUCCAGAUAUACAAGUACAUAUCUGUUAGGUUGAAAGGGCUCUCUGACCAAGACCAAGAAGAAAAUCGUCUGCGUAAAGAUUUUGAAUAGUAGACUUCAGGACGUGUGCUAGUAAAACUUAAAAGUGUUGAUUCAAGGCUUUAAUAAGGAGCAGAUUUUAAUAAAGGAGGAGAUCCAAAGAUAUCUUACAGGUCUGUUAACAUGAAAGGAUUCUCCAAUCAAUGCAAAUAACAAAAUCUUCUGCUUAAGGAUUUUGAAUUGUAGACGUCAAGAGUCGUGCUAAUAUGAUUUAAUAUAGUCUUGCCAGUACAAGUACGAUGCAGUUGAAGUCAGAACAUGUUGCUAAAGUCUUCAGUUUGCUUCUCUCUGGCUUUAACAUGCAGUAAGCACGGACUCUGAAAGAUGACAAGAAGUCUCUUGUAUCAUGAUGGCUACGUUUUAUAUUAUGUCCACUAAAGGGUGUCUUUGGAUUUUGUAUCUGCCCAUCGGCAAUACACGUAUCCUACGCCUAACUGCAAGAAAAUAGUAGAAGCACCUUUUUUUAAUAAACACAUUUCUUGUGCAGUUAGAUGGAACUAAGUUAUUUAAUCUACUUUAUAACAGAGAGGAAAGUAAACACUACGACAAAACGUUAAUUAAAAGACAUCUCUAGCACAAUACGUUUUGGAUAAUUACCUGUACUAUUUGGAUAUAUAUAACUCGAGAAGUUAAAGGAGAUCUAAAUUAACGCUUUUUAUUAGCAUUUGAGCAUUUUUAUACUUAUAAAGUCACGAGCGAACUGCUAUAACAUUAUGUAAGUUAUAUAUUUGAGAAAUAUCGGGGAAAACACGUCUACUGGAAUGUUUUCUUCCAAUAAUAUAUUACCUUUUUAGUAUUUUGUGCUUGUCAUUAUUGUAAUACUCGAUGAAAACGACUUUGUCAUAAUUCUAUACCCGUUUAUUUUGUUAAGUUGCAAUCAAACUGGCGUUAAUAGACUAUGCAGUAAUAAUCAUAUUCCGUUAAUAUUUGUCUGUUUUUCUUUUUGAUGAAUCUAAUCGUUUUAUAUUCUGUAGACAUUUGAAUUAUAGCUGUUAUAUAUUUUUAAAUGAGACAAAUACAUUCUUCAACUGGU